UAAAAAGUUAACGUCAAAGUCAUAUGGAUGGAUAAGGUGAUAUUUGUUUACAUCGUUUAGCGGAGAUAAAUUAAUUCUGAAGGCAAAAUUGAAGUAAAAUUCAUGAUAUGAUUACUAAAAAAUACUUGUCAUGGUGUAACAUACCCCUAUAGUUAAAUUAGUCAUCAUGUCCUCUGACGAAACUGUGAAACAAAUAAAUCCUGUAGUCAACGUGGAGUACUGUGGUGUAUGUGAUUAUGGCGGCCAUUGCCUUGCACUUGGACAAACUAUAAGGAAGUCCACACCUAAUGCAACUAUAUUCUGUUCUCGUGGACGUCAAGGUUCUUUUGAAGUAGCAGUUAACAAUACAUUGGUUUAUUCAAAACUUAAGACAAUGGCUCUUCCAGACUUCAAUGAAGUUGCUCAAGUUGUGCAAAAUGUUUCCCAUGGAGAAGAACCUCAGCAAAUAAAAGGACAACAACCAAUCAAUUGUGCAAUAUCGUAAAUUUUAUUUAAUCAACAACUGUAACAUAAAACUAGUCAUAGAAAUAAAUAAAAUAGGAAAAAUA